GAAGCAGAAGCAGAAGCAGCAGCAGAAGAAGAGCAGAAUUCACCAGAGCAGACAAGCUAGAGAUAGAGAGAGAGAGAGCAAGAGAGAGAGAGAUGCGCAGGCUGAGGCUCCCAGAAUCAGCCGGGCAGCCGCCGUCUCCGCCGCCGCGCCGCCUCACCCACGAGCAAGAGCUCUCCAUCAUGGUCGCCGCCCUCAAGAACGUCGUCUCCGGCUCCACCCCCUCCGACCCGGUCCCUUACCUCCCUCCCACCUCCGCCUCCGCCACCACCGCCGGCGAUAACUACUACUGGGGCAGCGACUUCGUGGCCCUCUCCGACCUCGAGACGUGCCAGGUGUGCAGGAUCAGCGGCUGCCUCGGUUGCAACUUCUUCACCCCCGUCGCCGACCAAGCAGAUGACAGGAAUAGCAGCGGCAACUCCACCAAGAAGAGGCAGUCGUCCUCGUCGCGUGUGGCGGGUAAGAAGAAGUACCGGGGCGUAAGGCAGCGGCCAUGGGGGAAGUGGGCGGCGGAGAUCCGGGACCCGAGGCGGGCCGUCCGGGUCUGGCUCGGGACGUUCAACACGGCGGACGAGGCCGCGCGGGCCUACGACAAGGCGGCCACCGAGUUCCGCGGGGCGCGCGCGAAGCUCAACUUCCCGCACGAGGACCACUCGCUCUUGCUGCCGCCACCGCCGCCCCCGCCCCCGGCGCCGCUUCCUCAGAGACAAGACCCGAUGGCUUCGAGCUCGGAUAAUAACAGUUCGGCGAUGCGGUCGAACUCGGAGGAGAACAAGGGGAAGGGAAAGGUGGAGACGGAAGCAGACGACUUCUGGAACACGUUCAAUAACGACGAGAUGGAGAGGCAGUGGACGAUGUGGAUGGACAUGGGAGGCGAUUCGUCGGACUCGAACGGGCCGGCGGUGCGCUCAUUUGAUUCAUGAAUUCGCCGUAUUGUAUAAUCAGUUCACAUCAUUCAACGUCAAUCGUCGACGAUCUUUCUUCGAUCUUCGACGAUCCUUCGACUUGUACGAGCACAGUUUUAGUAUUGCUCAAUGGGAGAGAUCUAUUCGUUCUGAUUGC